UUGCGCGUUCUCUGUGUCUGCUCUCUCCUUCCUCCUCGCGGGAAGUAGAAGAGAUUUGAAUAGAGAGAUAGAGAUUCCCGAAGCAGCGAAGUAGGAUUCUGUCAUAAAUAUAUCCAGGUGAAUCCUUAGCAUUAAGCACUGUAUCUUUUUUUUUCUUCCAUUUUUUUACUUUAAAUUUAUUCUAGAUCAAUCCCCUCCCAAAAACCAAAUUUCAAUAGAUUGAUUGAUAAAAGGAGGCAAAAUGUCUGCAAAAUGGCGCGCUUUGCAGCACCGGCACCGAUACACUUACAGCUCAGUCGUGUUCCCUAAACCCUUUGUCGAAGCCCUCAAUCUCGUUCCCUCGAAUGUUUUCUCUUCUGUUGAUUUCUUCUCCCAAUUGAAGCAUUUGAUCUCCCUGAACUCCACCUACUCCCAAGUUCCUGCUGUUAAAGACCUCUCUUCUGCUUUCUCCCAAUUGCUUGCCACCCCUGAAAUCCCCACCGACAUCGUGUCGACGGCCACUAGGCUCUACCUGGAAAUCCUCUUUCUCGAAAACUCCCUCCCGCUCCACCGAACGCUGAUCUCCUCCAUCGCAAAGAGCUGGAAGUUUCUUUCUGUGAUUGAUAGCUGUUUUGUGUCUCUCUGUGAGGAAUAUGGCGAUUUGAAUAGCAAGGGAAGGAAAAGGUUUUUGGUGUCUCGGGCAGCAUUAUCUUUGAUAAGUUACCCAAAAUUAGGAUUUUUGAAUGAGACGAUGGAGAAAUGUUCGGGUUUGGCGGCGAUGGAUGUAGCUGUUGGGUUGGAAGGCGUGAUUUCAGAUAUUGAAAGUGGGUCUCGGCCCUCACCAGUCGUGAUGGAGCAGUGCCAAGAGGCUAUGUCUUGUUUGUACUACUUGCUUCAGCGGUUUCCUUCCAGGUUUCUGGGUUUGGAGGAGGGGUCAGGUAUUUUUGGGAGUGUUAUAAGAACUAUCUUGGGUGUUCUGAAGUCAUCAGCUUUUUCGAGAGACUGCUUGGUGGCUGCUGGUGUGAGUUUCUGUGCGGCAAUUCAAACCCGUAUGGAACCUAGAGAGCUCUCUGCUUUUAUUUCCAGUGGGUUCUUUGGUUUUAACAAUGACAACAGAGGUAUUGGUGAUUUGGGGAUGAAGAAGGUGCUUCCAGAUGGUGAUCUGUAUUUAGAAAUGAGCAAUCUCUCGGUUUUGAGUAGGAUUUGUUUGCUGAGAGGGAUACUGACAGCAAUUCCAAGGAAUUUGCUCAAUACACGUCUCACUGAGUUGACUAAUUGUAUGGCGUGGACUGUAUUAUACAACGGAAUUCUGCCUGGGCUCUGCAAGUAUUGUGAAAACCCCAUUGAUAGCCACUUCAAUUUCCACGCUCUUACAGUGAUGCAGAUUUGUUUGCAGCAGAUAAAAACCUCCAUAUUAGCGGAACUUACUGAUUUCUCCGGAGAUUAUGAACCCCUUCCUGAAGACAUGAUCAGCCGCAUACUGCGAAUUAUAUGGAAUAAUUUAGAAGAUCCUUUGAGUCAGACGGUCAAACAGGUGCAUCUCAUCUUUGAUCUCCUCUUGGAUAUUGGGUCAUCUCUUCCUUCGGUAGAAGGUAAUGAAAGAUAUAAGUCACUCCUCUGCAAUAUUGCAGGGGACCUUCUUCACUUGGGGACCCGUUGCAAGGGCAGAUAUGUUCCUUUAGCUUCUCUCACCAAACGCUUGGGCGCAAAGACUCUUCUGGAACUGAAUCCGGACCUCCUCUUUGAGACUGCUUAUGCCUAUAUAGACGAUGAUGUUUGCUGCGCUGCCACAUCGUUUUUGAAAUGCUUCCUUGAAUGCUUGCGUGAUGAAUGUUGGAGCCAUGAUGGCAUUGAUAAGGGAUAUGAUUCUUUCAGAGAGUUCAGCCUGCCUCCUUUAUUGCAUGGACUCAUAUCUGGCAAUUCGAAGCUCCGAUCUAACCUAAAUACUUAUGCUCUUCCCGUCAUUCUUGAUGUUGACACAGACAGCAUAUUCCCAAUGCUUGCUUUUAUCUCAGUUGGACCAAGCAUAGGAGAGAGCAGAUUCAAUAUGGAUCUAAAGAUCGACCACUGUGUAGCUGCACUAGUUUCUUUGCUAAAGGUGUCCCGCUCACUUGCUCUUCUUGAGGGGGAUAUUGAUUUGUACCAUGAUUCCUUGACUCAGCAGAAAAAUUCUGAUUAUAUUGCUCUUGUAUGUAUAAAAGGAAUUAAUGUUAGAAUUCCUGUUGAGUGGUUAAUCUUGGCACUGGCACAUGCUGAUGACAGUCUACGGAUAGAUGCAGCUGAGUCUCUCUUUCUCAACCCCAAGACCUCUAGUCUGCCAUCCUCCUUAGAGCUCAGCCUGAUGAAAGAGGCAGUGCCAUUGAACAUGCGCUGUAGCUCAACAGCUUUUCAGAUGAAGUGGACAAGCCUGUUCAGGAAGUUCUUCUCUAGAGUUCGGACAGCAUUAGAGAGACAAGUAAAGCAAGGGUUAUGGCAGCCAACUGCAUGCUCUGGUGGCAUAGAAGAUAGUCCUGAUGAUUAUGCUCAAGAUGCAAUGGUCCAUCGAGCGAGGGACCUUUUCCAAUUUAUGAAGUGGUUGAGUUGCUUUCUUUUUUACUCCUGUUAUCCUUCUGCUCCAUAUGAGAGGAAAAUCAUGGCCAUGGAGCUUAUUUUGAUAAUGAUUGAUGUCUGGCCUCCACGACCACCUCAAGGAACUCAUCUUCUCUAUCCUUAUAGUGAAGGAAUUACUUCAUCAGAUUCCACAUUGUCAUUGGUAGGAUCUAUAAUUGAUAGUUGGGAUAGACUAAGAGAAAACUCUUUUCGCAUUCUCUUAUGCUUUCCAACCCCACUUCCUGGAAUUUCCUCCAAUGACUCAGUGAAUCAUUUGAUCAGGUGGGCAAAGAGAUUGGUCUGCAGUCCACGUGUCAGAGAAAGUGAUGCUGGUGCUUUGACUUUCCGCCUCAUAUUUAAGAAGUAUGUACUCGAUCUUGGUUGGAUAAUUGGAGCUUCUGGUAAUGUUGUUUGUGUCAAUUCUCAAACAGAGUUGAUGAAUGGAGAUAUUCCUAAAACUAGGAGUCCUGUUGUAGAGUACAUAUCAUCACUUAUAGAAUGGUUGUAUGUUGUUGUCGAGGAGGGUGAAAAGGAUCUUUCAGAAGCUUGUAGGAACAGCUUUGUUCAUGGAGUUUUGCUUACACUUCGCUACACUUUCGAGGAAUUGAAUUGGAAUUCUGAGGCAGUCCUGUCAAGUUGCUCUGAGAUGAGGUGUCUACUAGAGAAGCUUCUGGAACUAAUUAUGCGAGUAACUAAAUUGGCUCUUUGGGUAGUUUCUGCAGAUGCAUGGUGUAUGCCCUAUGAUAUGGAUGAUAUGGUCGAUGAUGCUGCUUUUCUUUCAGAAGUACCAUUGGAGAUGGAUCCAUCAGAAUCCUUGUCAGAACCAGUGGAUAGCAAUUUGAAAUCUGAAAAUGAUGUUAGACCAGCUGAACAGGUUGUUAUGGUUGGUUGUUGGCUUGCUAUGAAGGAGGUCAGUCUUCUUCUAGGAACCAUCAUUAGAAAAAUUCCACUGCCUAGCUGCACCCUUUCAGAUUCAUCUAGUCAGGAUUAUCCUCAUAGCAAUGCUGAUGACAUAGAAAGCAUCAACAUGUCUGAUGGAAUUCUCGAUUUGGUACAACUGGAGACCAUAGGGAACCAUUUUUUGCAAGUUCUUUUGAAAAUGAAGCAUAAUGGUGCAAUUGAUAAGACCAGGGCUGGAUUCACUGCUCUCUGCAAUCGCCUCCUUUGCUCAAAUGUACCAAGGCUUUGCAAGUUAACAGACUCAUGGAUGGAACAGCUGAUGGAAAGGACUACUGCAAAGGGUCAAUCUGUAGAUGAUUUAUUGAGGAGAAGUGCAGGAAUUCCUGCUGCUUUCAUAGCUCUGUUUCUUUCAGAGCCAGAAGGAACACCAAAGAAACUUCUUCCAAGGGCAUUGCAGUGGCUGAUAGAUGUUGCAAACAAGUCAUUGUGCAAUGCCCCUGAAGACGGUGACUGGAAGACUGAAGUGGUGCAUAAGGAAUUAUCUACAAAUCAAAAUGACACAGCAUUGGGAGAUAUGAAAACAGAAACUCAUGUCAAUAUAAGGGCCUCUAAGAUUCGAGACAAGGGUGUUGUACCCACAGUACAUGCAUUCAAUGUACUAAGAGCUGCUUUUAAUGACACAAAUUUAGCAGCAGAUACAUCAGGUUUUUGUUCUGAUGCUAUGAUUGUCUCGAUACGCUCAUUUUCAUCUCCUUACUGGGAGGUUCGCAAUGGUGCUUGUCUUGCAUACACUGCCUUGGUUCGUCGUAUGAUUGGAUUCCUGAAUGUACAAAAACGCCAAUCAGCACGACGUGCAUUGACUGGGCUUGAAUUCUUUCACAGGUAUCCUGCUCUGCAUCCAUUCCUGUUUAGUGAAUUGAAGAUUGCCACUGCUAUGCUUAGGGACGCAUGCUCUGGGCAUAUGGAAUCAAACAUGGCAAAAUCCAUUCACCCAAGCUUGUGCCCGGUUCUUAUUCUUUUAUCCAGGCUGAAGCCGUCACUUAUCAGCAGCGGAAUGGAUGAUGCUUUGGAUCCCUUUCUGCUUAUGCCUUUUAUCUGGCAAUGUGCAACCCAAAGUAAUCUCAGAGUUCGUGUUCUUGCAUCAAGGGCUUUGAUUGGUCUGGUAUCCAAUGACAAACUGCAGACUGUCAUUAAUGAAGUGGUCCAUGGAUUGCCUCAUGGAAGACAUUCCACAUCCAGAGCCUCACUUUCAGCUAACAUGAGCAAUGGUGAUGUAACUACAGCAACAUCCAGUGCCUCAAUGUCAGCUAAUAUGAGCAACAGUGAUAUAAGUAGAGCUACUUGUGCUGCUUCCUUCAACUCGAUUCAUGGACUUCUACUGCAGUUAUCUUCUCUUCUCGAUAACAACUGCAGAAACUUAAUCGACAUAGGCAAGAAAGAUCAGAUUCUUGGUGAACUGAUCAAGGAGCUUGCAAAGUGUUCAUGGAUUGGCAGCAUCAACUUAUGCCCUUGUCCUACCCUAAAUAGCUCAUAUUUACGGGUUCUAGAUUUGAUGCUUGACAUUGCAAGAACAUACACAAGCCAACAUUUAGCUACAAUCCAAACUUUUUUGCUUGAGUUAGCCUCUGAAUGCUUGGGUGCUGAAAAUUCUUUUGGGUUGUUACUGCAUGAUCCAACUAAACUUGAGCUCCGCAGGCAAGCAGCUUCAUCCUAUUUUAGUUGCCUGUUGGGUGGAAUUCCUGAGGCUCCUGAGGAGGAUAUGCAGCUACAGAGAUUUACUUCACCCACCUUAAAUUUGUUGAGGGUGUCUGAAGUUGAUAUUUCUCCAUUGGAACUGCAGGAAAGGAUAAUGUCCUGCAUCUCUGAUUCUACUUAUGAAGUUAGGAUUGCAACGCUCAAAGGCCUUCUUCGUUUAGUGAAAUCCAUGAAAGUUGGUGAUGGUGAUGGAAUUAUUUACAAGUGGGCUAGGCCCAAUCUGCAGCCAAUGCUGACGAAUGUUUUAUUUGUGGAAGAGAAUCCAAAAUGUGUUUAUUAUGUUUUAAGGAUUAUCUUUAACUGGAAUAUUCUGCGACUUGUGAUGUCCAAUGGCUUGCAAGUUGAAAAGCUCAAUUAUAUUGGGACAGAUUGUGAUUCGGCAUUUUGCUUGUGGGACAGAUUGGUUCACCUGAACAGCACCAUGAUGCGUGCAAAGACCCGAGAAAUCAUUCUGUGCUGCAUGGGUAUUUGCGUGAAGCAGUUUGUGGAGUUGCUUAGGAAUUCUGUUUACAGUAAUCAACAUCUGAUAGAAAAAGAGACUACUAGUGAUCACAGCAGAAUCGGCCAAGCUAUGGGUUGGGCCAAAGCCCUCAGUAGCAUUAAUUCUUUCAUUAGCCUGGUUAAGCGUCAUAGUUCGCCAUCUGAACCUGUAAGCAUGCGCAAGGCAACUGCAGAAGCCAUUGUAGCAUCUGGAUUGCUCGAAGAAACCAAAUCAAUUGCUUCGUUUGUGUCAAACAGCCAUAUCCCAUCUGAAGAACCAAAUGUUUCUGAUAUGGCGGAGAAACUUUCCCAGUUGAAGAUGUUGGAAGUCAUCAAUUUCUAUGCUUUCAGGAUACUAGAUAUAUGGUUCACAUGUAUCCAGCUGUUAGAGGAUGAAGAUGUCGGGCUUAGACAAAGACUUGCCAAGAAUGUCCAAAAGUGCAUAAAUUUCAAAGGAUUGAAUGGAAGCCUCAAAAAUGAUGCAGUACCGACCCAAGUGGACAGAGUGAUUGAAUCAAGCUUUGAGUUUCUAUCUUCAGUCUUCAGCCACUGGCUAGGAUACUUCAAUUACCUAUCAAGAUUGGUCUUGAGCACUGCUAUUUCUGUGAGUUCCUGUCGAGAUCUAGUUCGACGGAUAUUUGACAAAGAGAUUGAUAACCACCAUGAAGAAAAGCUGUUGAUAUGCCAAAUCUGUUGCUCACAUUUACAGCAGCUCUCAACAUCAAAACCUUGGAUGGAUGGGGUUGAUGAAGGCUUCAAUAAGAGCACUAUCAAAGUGUUUAUACAGAGUUGGAGACUUGGAUUUUUAUGCCAACUGAUAUCAUUUAUCAAGAGCUUUCUCAACACUGAGGAGAGAACAGACUGGAUUGGAGGUAUUGGGAACCAUAAGGAUGCUUUUGUAUCCAUAUAUGCCAAUCUGCUUGGCCUUUAUGCACUCACACAGUGCCCACAUGAAGAUUACGAUUUGUCGGCACAGAUAACAGAUACUCAUAAGGUUUAUGUGUUGGAAUUUGUGGAACUUAGAGAGCUUAUCAGACCAUUUCUUAGAAAUCCUUUAAUUUCUAACUUGUAUUUCUUGGUGAUCCAGUCGCAUGAGAAGAUGCUUGGAGUUUCACAAACCCCACAAUUCCAAGGAGGAUACUCGGUCUGGGAUGGUUUUGAUCCUUAUUUUCUUCUUAGAUGACACUGACUUGUAAUCUGUAAACUAUAAAAGAAACUCAAAAUCAUUCAAUAGAUAAGAUUACUGGAAUUUUCACUAGGCUUG